AUGAGUGAGCAGCACCACCAGCCACAUCUGGUCAUUCUCUAUGGCAGUCAAACGGGUACAGCUCAAAAAUUGGCUGAACGUUUAGCCACACAAGCACGUCAUCUGUUUCCCUCGGCCGGUGGUGAUUCAUCGUUCACAUCACACGCCUCCGAUCCACCCGAUGAAACUCGGAAACCAAGUGUGACAAUUCGUCUCCAGUCAAUGGAUUCUUAUCUUCCGCUGUCCCAAUUAGCCAAAGAGACUGGCAUUGUCUUGUUUGUAUGCUCCACCACGGGCUAUGGUGCUCCACCGGAUACAAUGCGACAGUUCUGGCAACGUAUAAUGCAUCGUGGUCUGCCUCCGGGUCGUGCGUUACCAUCCACAUUAAGGUUUGCUGUCCUGGGUCUGGGCGAUUCGUCGUAUCCCAAAUUUAACGUAGUGGCUAAAAAGUUACGACAACGAUUGGUUCAACUUGGGGCCAGCCCAUUGUCUAUUACUGUUCCGGAUCUCUCCGGGCCGUCUAAGCAGAGUGCAACGGCAGAAGGUCUGGGCUUAGCAGAUGAACAGGCAGAACUGGGUUUGUACGACCUGUUAUCUCGUUGGGUGCCACGAUUUUGGACUAUGCUGUCAAAGCUAUGGCAUGUGGACAUUGAUCUUCCACCCGGUGUGAGUUUAACUUGGUCUUAUUUAGCCGGUCCGGAAUUCUUGCGGUCCACGUGGCCCCGAUUUAAUGUACAGCUAUCGGUGGAAAAUCGUGAAGAACAAGUUGUGAAUGCGGCGCAAGUUGGUGACAACACAGAUCAAAACUUGAUUCGACAACAGGCUUGGUCGGAUUGGUCGCACGAUCACGCGGUUGCGUACUCAGCAUCCAAUCAUGUGAUAAACUGGUUUCGAAUUGUGACCAAUAAACGCGUGACCGCUGAGGAUCAUUUUCAAGACACUCGGCUGGUAAAAAUUGUGCCACAGGUGAGCAAGUCUUGUCCGCCUGCCAAACAGGGGUACAUAAGUUCACCAUCUAGAAUUUUUGAAAUGCAGUCCCCUCAUAAGAACACAAAAUACAUUCAUAGAUUCUUCACCCUUAUUAAUCAUGAAAUCCACUGA